AUGUCAUCUCUGGCGAGCUGGUCGCCACUCUCCGUGCUGCCAGACGGCGUUUCCAUGUUACCGGCAUUGGCGAAGAACAUCGGCGCCAAAUUCCUUCGAUGCAGCAGCUUUAGUUGUCGGCCUACUGCUCUGGUCUCUUGCGCUGGGUCAUCCAGCGGAGGUAUGGCCAAGGAAUCGGCCUACGGUAAGCAGCAGGCAUACAAAGCGGACGCCUCUGCGGAUAAUGAAGAGGGUGGUUCGGAGUGGAGCAAGGACGAGAUCGAGGCCAUCUCGGCGCUGUUUGCCCGGCCGAUGCGCCGGAAGCCAGUGAAGCCGCCGAACCCGGCGACACAGCGGCCUCUCCCGCUGCCGCUGCCCCACAAGACGAGGCCACCCGUCACUCCAGCACCGACACAGCACGUCCGGCUGGCUUCACGCUCCAUGUUCAGCGACAAGGUGCGCAAGAACCCCGAGGUCCUCAUUGGGAUUGCCAAGGAGAUCGCUGCGCUCCCGCCGGAGUCUGAUGUGUGCAAAGUGCUGGACCGCUGGGUCCCCUUCCUCCGGAAAGGCUCCCUGUCCAUGACCAUCCGGGAGCUCGGGCACAUGGGGCUUCCUGAGAGAGCGCUUCAGACACUGUGUUGGGCACAGGGGCAGAAGGCAGUGCCUCUGUUCCCUGAUGACCGGAUCCUCGCUUCGACCAUCGAGGUUUUGGCGCGCUUCGACGAGCUGAAGUUGGAGUCUGCGCUUGAGGAGUGCGUCCCCUCGGCGAGCCGCGCUGUCCUCGAAGCCAUGGCGAGGGGGUUCAUCAGGGCUGGCAAAGUAGGCCUGGCACGCAAGCUCCUUGAACUUGCCAGGAUGAACAAGAGGACACUGCACCCAAGCAUCUACACGAAGCUGAUUCUGGAGGUUGCCCGGACACCUGAAGGCUAUGGGCUCGCUGCUGCACUGCUCGAUGAGCUCGGUGAGAGGCCAGACUUUGACCUGCGGCAGCAGGACUGCACAGCUGUCAUGAAGGUCUGCAUAAAGCUCAGGCGGUAUGCAGCCGUGGAGAGCCUGUUCAGCUGGUUCAGAGGGUCUGGCGGGAACCCAACUGUUGUGAUGUACACUACAGUGAUCCACAGCCGCUCCCGUGAUGGGAGGCACCGAGAGGCGUUGGCCCUGGUUUGGGAAAUGGAACAGGCAAACUGUCUUCUUGACCUGCCGGCGUACCGGGUCAUCGUGAAGCUGUGUGUGGCAUUGCGUGAUCCAGAAAGGGCUUUUCGGUACCUCUCGAGGUUGAAGGAGGCUGGAUUCGUUCCGACCAGUGACAUAUACUGUAAUUUGAUUGAAGGCUAUGCCGCAGCAGGGAGGAUGGCCAGGUGCCGGCAGCUGAUCAGGGAGGCUGAGUCAAUCGGCAUGUUGCUAGACAAGAGGCUGAUUUCAAGCUUGUCUGAGAUGGGUGAUAGACGUCCUUGA